CACAUGUCACGUGACGUUUGUCUUCUCAAACUGAAAUAGGAAGUGGGUUUCCCCGUGCUCUGGUUGCAGGUCCGAUGGCGAGGAAUGAAGAAAAACAGCAAGGAAAAUUGAACAGAUUAUGGCUUCAGAAGGAGAGAGAGGAGGGUCGAAUAAAAGAUAUCCACGAACGUAGACCGAAACUUGCAACCCUUAACUCCGCCUCUGCUGUGAAGAAGUGGAUCCCGAGCAUCAAAAGAGAGAUCGAGUACUAUCUCCAGCAGUCUCAGCUGUCCCACUACCCUGAGAGAAAGAUAGCAGAGUUUCAGUUCUGCAUCGAGGGCCUGGAGAAAGAGUACAGACGCUUCCUGUCGAAGCUGCGAGCCCUUGACCCUUCCAGCAAACACCAGCCCUGGACUCCACGGGCAUAUGCCAAGAGGAGGGAAGACCCCCUUCGCUCUGCCGGCUACGCUAAGAAACAGCCGCUGGAUUCAGGUCACGGGAGCAAACCUCGGACGGAAGGAGACUGCGAAGGGGCUGCCGACAGGACAGGAAGUGACGUCACCUUAGCCCACGAGAAAGAGGAUCGCCAAUCAGAGUCCCGCUCCUCUGCGGUCGCUGGCGGCGCCGACCCCAGCCCCCUAGCUUCAGAGUCAGGUUAUGCCGACCAGGACCAGCCCCUCUCCUUCGACCGGACCCGACUGGCAGUGGCUCUAGCUGGGUGUCGAGGCCCGGUGGAGCCUGGCUCUUCCCAGACGCCCAACAUAGCCAGGGUGCUGCUCUCAGGCCUGCCCAACCUCCACAGCUCGCCCCUGGGCCGGGCCAUCGCCCAGGCCAGAGGCCCUGACACCCCUGGGCGAGCAGGGGAACUGGGAGGGAGGAGGGGAGGAGGGCGAGGGUCAGCGAUGGACUGUGUCUCUGCGGGGGAGGGGAGGACAGGGAGGGCCGCUGUGGAGACAGACAUGAUGGGACAUGUCCUGGGGCUAGGCUGCUACUCGUCCUCAGAUGAUGAAUCUGCCACGUGACAAACAAGGAGACGUGUACUUAACCCUUGUGUUAUCUUCGGGUCAUUCUGACCCAUAAGUCAUUGUGACCCACCGUCGUAUUGCGACAACUUUACCGCAUACAAAAACAAAGUGAAGCAUUUUCUUUUAACCGUUGGGCUGUCUCAGACCCCCCACAUUGCAAAGGUUAAAAGCAAAUAAUUUUUAUUUGUUUUUGUAUUCGGUAAAAUUGGGUAAACACAACGAUGGUUCGUUAUGAACCUUUGGGUCAUGUGACCCGAAGGCAGCACAAGGGUUAAAAUAUGAAUAAGGUUGUUCCUGUGAAUAUACAAGCGGUUUAUGCAGAUAAAAUCGAUGACGUCAAAAAAAAUAUUAUUAUUUUUAUAAUAAUAUAAAAAAAGUAAAAAGUUAUAUAUAGGAAAAAAUCCUUCUUGUCAUAUUUAUUAUCGUCAUCGUACAUUUACAGAUUUCAAUGUGGAGGAAAGGUGUUGACAGGCUCUUCCCCGGUGCUCAAGGUAUGAUGUGAAGUGGGACAGGGGAACUGAUGAGCUGUUCUAAUGCCUGCAGUGGAGGGGGGGAGUGAUUCAUCUGUCAAUCUACUGCUGUGUUAUCAGUCAUCCCCAUGACCACAUGCUCAGUCGUUAGAUCAGAUGCUGCUGAGAGCAGAUGUGCUGACUCAGUUACCCGAACACUCGUUAGGAUGCACGCAACCACGCAGCCCCUAAACACCAACUCACCCCCAGCCGCUCCACUGUCGUGCUUCAAGUGCAACACUUCUUGGAAGCAGGGUUGCAUCUGAGGUUGUAGAGUGAACUGGUGUGUUGCCCUCUAGUCCAAAGACACAGUUUCCCUGUGACGCUGUGUGAACAGCGAUGCCACGCUACCUAAGGGCCUGGCUUUACUGGGGCGUGGGGGGGAUUCAGAUACAUGAGGCCCUGGACUGGAGGGGUGGAGCAGGGGGGGACAUCUAGAUACAUGAGGCCCUGGACUGGAGGGGUGGAGCAGGGGGGAACAUCCAGAUACAUGAGGGACUGGAGGGGUGAAGCAGGGGGGGACAUCCAGAUACAUGAGGGACUGGAGGGGUGGAGCAGGGGGGAACAUCCAGAUACAUGAGGGACUGGAGGGGUGGAGCAGGGGGGAACAUCCAGAUACAUGAGGGACUGGAGGGGUGGAGCAGGGGGGGACAUCCAGAUACAUGAGGGACUGGAUGGGUGGCCGGAAGAGGGGUGCUUCCAUUGAUGGGACAUACGCAAAUACAAGGGGUGUUUGCGGUCAUGCAGUCUGUAGAUUGUCCAAUUGUAAACCAAUGCAGGAAGUUUGUAUAAUGUUCUUAAUACUUUCUUGAUAUGGCACUCCAAAAUCCAAAAGAAUAAAAGUCCAUGUGUACUGGAGAUUAUUAUCCAUCAAAUCAGACCCAUGUUUUCUUGCGGUUUAUUUAACCCUUGUGUUAUCUUCGGGUCAUUCUGACCCAUCAGUCAUUGUGACCCACCGUCAUAUUGCGACAACUUUACCGCAUA